AUGUGUGUUACCAGAUCUAAAAUCAUUCGAACUCAAACACAUGUUGUCGAAUAUGACGUUCGUUCGCAAGAUAUUGUCAAAUACGGAGCUUGUUGUUCGACUACGGGUUCGUUCGCAAGAUUGGAACAUAAAGAAAUAACGGAAAAAGCCGAAGCACAAAAUAUGAUGACUUGCAGCGUUGAUGCAGUCAAGCAUGAAGAUGUGGAAAUUAAUGACUCAAUCGAACAACAGGAUUUCUUAGAAUUCACGGAUAAGACGAUUUCACUCAAGCUACAUGCAAUUGAAAUUGGCGAUGAAAGACAGUUUAAAGUAGAAUCUAAAAUGAAAGAAAGCAUUUUGACACUUCAACAAGAAGUAUUUGCGGAAAGUGUGCAGAAACCAGUACUUCGAGCUGAAAAUCUAACGAAAUCGGCAGCAAAAAUUUCAGAAAUACAAUCAAAUGCUGAAAUUAUGCUGAUGCGUCAUUCUGCAAAGAAGGCAACUGAAUCUGCAUCAUGUAUUGUUGGCAGUGUGUUGACGUUAUCACAAGACUUGAAAACGCAACAUAGCCAGGAGACUAGCAAAGCGGCGAGCAUAGAGUUCUCCUCUCCGGCAUCUAACUUGGAAGUAGAAGAUAAUAUCCGUCAAUCUGCCUUCAAUCGAAGCAUUGUAAGUCUGGAAACUAAAUAUGCGAAAGCAGCAGCAUCACAAGAAACUAUUGAGUUAACCAAAUCACGUAAAGUAUUAGCUGAAACGGGGAGUAUUUUGAAAGCAGCCUACACAGACGCUGUGCUUGAAGAAUUGAAAGAAACAAACUCGGAAGGUUUUGAAAUUUUGUCCCAAUGGACUACUGUUGAUCGAGAUUUGGAAGCUGAAGUAAGACUAUCACACAUACGUAACAUUGACAGUAAAUUCUCAACUGUAGCAACCAGCGAAGAAGAAACUUCAAUUGGUGAGACGUGGAUAGCAGCGGAAUGUAACAUGGAAACGUGUAUAAUUAGAAAUGUCACUGCAUCGGAAUAUUGCCAACGUGGCUUCCGAAUUGAAUUUGACGAAGUGAAAAUACGGUUGGAAAAUUUUGAAAAAGAAGGAAGCUGUGAAAUAUUUUGGUGUGAUAAAAAUCAUGAAAUGUUAUGCGUAUCCAUGCAUGAGUCGAUUUUGGAAAAGCUAAGCGCAGUGAUUAACCUCUAUCGUAUAUCUAACAUUUUAUCAAAACAAACAGCAAAUGAAUUCAUUUGGCGUGAUCAACAAAUUCUCGCAGCCCUUCCGCUAUACGUCAAAUGUGAAGAUACAGAUUAUAAAACUGUAGAUAUUUAUUUGGAACAAGAAUUAGCACAAAAAUAUCUUGAAACAGUCCGAAUUUCGGCCAACUGGAUGGAAACGGAAAUUUUUGAAUGCAAAGAAGCUGGGGAUAAAAAAUUCCAUAUGGCUGUGGAAUUACAAGGAAAACAAUUGAUUCCUUUGGGUGCAGAAGUAAUAUGGCCUAAAGCUAGAAAAGACGAUGGCAUAAUGGUUGAUAUAGAAGAAUAUCAGGAGGAUCAGGCUAUAUUAUACGCAGAAUUAACUUCCGAACAAGUAACAUUUGCCGAAUUCAACAUGACUAUUAUCAUUAGCCAAGACUGUGAGCCACAGACGCUCAUAACCAAUGCUAUAAAAGGAGAAAUUGUGAAUGGAUACGACGAAUUUAGGAUGGUGCCACAGGAAAAAACUAUUAGUCAUGUGAUGAUUAUCGGAAAUAAGGGUGAAUGUUUGUCGAUGUGUUUGCAAGAAACCAAACAAAACUUUAUUACUGUAGGAUUUCAAUAUAGUAAAGAAGUUCAAGGGCACGAAAUGGAAGGUGAUUUUGUUGCGAAACGUUUUGGAGGAAAUUAUCAGCUUUUGACGAAAGCGACACAAGCAGAAGAUCGUAAUGUUAUCAUAACAAUGUUACGUCCAAUCGAAAAUGAAAUAAUUAUUGAAGUUUUAAAAGAGAACAUCAGAGAUUUCUCAUCGAUGGUAAUUUUGGCAUCGACAUCCAAAGUAACAUUAAUAGAUGUUAACUGGGAAAAGGCGCCACAAGCAGCAUUAGCAUUAACGCAAUGUCCUUGCUCUCGAAAAGCGGAACCAAUUAAAAGUCGUUUUCUGGAAGUUGGUGAAACCAUGCAUACUGUAUAUGCGCAGUUCAAAAUUAAAGAAGUUUCAUGGAAAUUUCCGAUUAUUUGGAAGGUUCCAAAUUAUGGCGGACAUUUGACGUUGAAUACAGAAUCCGCGAAGGAAAUAAUUUGGGAUCAUGAAAUCGAAUAUUACAAAAAUGAAACAUCUGAGACUACAGUAAAAACGUUAAAAGAAGUGAUAACAAUGAUAGCACUAGUAUUGUCAGCACAAUAUAUUACUGAAAUAACGGAAGAAAUUAGAAUGGAUUUAAUAAGACCGUCAGUUAUAGGCCAAGCUUACUUACUCCUUAAACAAGCCAAUAGAGGUGUCAAUAUUGAUAUAAAGUUAAUUGAAACAACGGAUAUAAGACAGUCUAGCUACCUACAGUUAGAACGAGAAGUUGAAUCUAUUGAAGCCGAAAAGAUAAUAAAAGAUGCUCGGUUUGGUGGAAAAUUAAGCCUUGCUACUAAUGCUUCGGAAGAAAACGAAUUGAAUGUGGUACGAAGGCUUACAAAUGACUUUAUUCGGAUUGCUCACUGUAGUCAAUUGAUAGUUCUCAAAAAUUGGAGUCAUGGUACGUGCUGUGAAGUUAUUGCCACGAAAUCAGAAUCUGUUGAUAUGAAUAUGAAUUUGCAAAAUACGGGAAGUACAGAUGAUGCCUACCGGACGGUGUACCAAAAACCACUAAUGAGGUAUACAUUGAUGGUUCAAGAGAGCGAAGUAGUUGUGUUGACUAUUAAUUUGAAUUAUAUCAAACAAAGAACAAAAGAAAUUUCAGAGAAGACAAUAUGGUUGGCACAGAAUAGUGAGCCGUGCAUCCUGACAGCAUUUGCUACGAGACAUGAACAGAAGCUGGUACAACUGAUUCUUGAAAAACGACGUGAUACCUUUUUAGGUGCUUCAACGAGAAUUACAAUUAAAAAUAUUGUGAAAGUUUUUCCACUCGACACGACCCAAUCGGAAUCCGUGGAAAUUUCCGUUUGUCCAAAUCUUCAACGCACUAUCGAAAUACUGGAAAUAUGUAAAACUUUGAUAGCACAUAAUCGUGGCUAUGAUAUGUAUUGGAAAUUAUAUGAAACACGUGAGGAAAAUGAAUGCUUGAAUUAUCAAUUCAAUCAGGAGAAUAUGAUAGAAGAAGUUAAAGCGAUUCUUCGUCAGCCAUUUUAUGGUGGUCAUUCAAUUUUGAAUACCUCUGCCACGAAAGAAUAUAUGGUUAACAAGACAAUUCAACUGGAAUCAAAAUUGCCUACUGAAUUCGAAAUGCACUUCUCAGUCAACAUAUCCAAUAAAAACAUUCCCGUAGUAUUCUCGACGAAGUCAACAGUUUCGGUAGAAAGUAAUGAAAUAAUUAAUUUAGCACGAAAACCUGAAGCUAAAGAAGUAGGAAUUAUUCGAAAAAUAGCAAAUAUGGAUACAGCACAAAUAGUUGCGGUAGAAGUCAGUUUGGAAGCAGAAAGCAUCAUUAUGAAAUAUCAGCACAAGGAAGAGCAUAUGGAAAUUCAGAAGACAAUAUUCGUCGCACUUUUUGGAGGGCAUCAGAAGUUAGAAACUUUAGCGGCAAACGAAAUUAUUACUGAUAUCUAUGAAGACCUUGUAUCUAAGCAUUUGAUGUCUGCGGAGGCACACUUGUACCAAGUUGUCGCAAAUGUUGAAGGCCCAUGCAAUUUGUCAACGAAGUCAAGCAGGCUUGAAGAAAACAAUCAAGAAUACUAUCUCCAGAAGAAACGGAUUUCUGAGAAUGAAGUAGCAUUAAUGUUACGUGCUAUCAACUAUGAAUUUAGCAAAUUUAAUGCCAGAGAAAGUACUAAUGAAAUAGAAACGAUCAUCACUUAUUGUCACCGUGACGAAAAAUAUGAGGAAGUUCGAUUGUGCAUCAAUGACAAACGAUUUGGUGGAAGUUUAUUAUUGUCAACUCAUUUCGCUCAAGAAUUCUCAGUCAUAUUUACAGCUGUUUUGACAGCUUCAUAUUCCAGUUUGGAAAGAGUUAUUUUCACGAUACUUACAGCACGUCAUAGUGCAGAACAGCCCAUACUUGCAACACUAUCCACUACCGAAAUGUAUGCUGAACUUAGUUGUCAUUUGAAUUGUCCAUCUACUGGUCGGCAAUCAACGAUCACCAUCCACAGCGCUAAUCAGAUUAAGAUCAUGAAUGUUCAACUAACUGAAAGUACUAUUAUUUCUGAAACUACUAAUAUACAAUAUCAACAACCAAAUGCAGUUGUCGAUACAUUUUCAGAAGUAUUUCCGGAAGCACGCUUUGGUGGAUCAUUGAUUCUAAAUACUUUGGCUACUAAGGAAACAUCGAUCAGCACUCAAUCAUUGCAUAACUCACAAGGUCCGAAGCAGCUUGAAGGUCAUAUAGUUUUUAUGGACAAGAAUCGAGCAAUUGAAAUGUGCUGUAUGUUGGCAACCACAGAACGGACAAUUACAGCAAACGUACAACUUCAAAAACCAAGUGAUUUGUCCAGUGUUAAGAUAAUGAAAUGUGCAUCACGUAGAGGUGAUAAUCAAUACUUUGUGUUCACAGAACCAUCAGAAAUUAGUCAAUUCAAUAAUUAUGUAUGGAAAAAUCCUGCAGAAACCAAUGCUGAGCACAUUACUGUUUUGAAAGAAAUACGUUAUGGUGGUCAUUUCAAAUUGACCGCUGGAUAUGCAACUGAACAAUCUAUUACGAUCACUGAUACAUUUAAGCAAACUUCCGCAGAGCUAAGUUCAACAAUAUCAAGAAAGACGGCAAAUCGAUGCGAAUCAAUAAAUAUAUCCUGUUCAGCUUCUCAAGAAAAUUACAUAUCUACUAAUUUGAAAUUACAAUCCAAGAAACUGGCACAAUUCGAGAUUUCCAUCAAUCGCGAAGCAGUAAAUCGUGAGGUACGACAAAAGUUAAUUACGAAAGAAUCCAGUGAGUUGAUGCUGACAACUAAUGUUACGAUGCAAAAAUCUUUGGAUUAUGAAUCGGCACGAAGUGUUUGGAAGAUGAAAAAUCAAGGUGAAAUAAUCGAAUUUCAAUGUAAUGCUUCAAGACAAUCAUACGCAGAGUUGUAUAAUUGUUUAGAAUCCAGAUUAUCACUGAAACAACAUGUUAGUGCAAUACUGAUAAUUCAUGAAGUGCUCUAUGGCGAACAUAUAGCUAUGAAUUUGAUGGCAACAGAAGAAACUAUCUUCAAUUUUGAAAUAUCAUUUGAAAAGCAAGAUAUAGACAGCAAGCAAAGUUAUACCGUCAAAGCAAUCAACGUUGCGUUACCGGAAAUACUGGAUACUACAGUAAGCCCGGAAUCAGCGGUGGAAAUUGAAAAAGUGGAAGUGCGGAGGGGUCUUAGUGAGGUGCAUGUAGAAUCUGUUUUGAAAUUAGCUAGGGAAUGCUUACCUGUUUCUUUGCAAACAGAUUCCGCUGAAGAGACGUUUAUAUGGCAUGAAUUUGAAAUGCGUAUCGAUAUCCAACGUACCAAUGGUGCAAUAGAAAUUGAAAAGUCGGCGAGUAUAAUGGAACGUGAAGCAUUGACCUGUACGGAAGCAGUUAGUGUGACGUUGCGACACAAAGCUGCCGAUGAAGAACGAGAAGAAAAAGUCGAUAAACGAGUAAGUUUUGCUGCCGAAGUAACCGAGAAAACGAUGUCAAUGGAUAUGAGUGUAACGGUAGAACAGCGAGAAAAACCACUAAUUGUGAAGAAACCCAUGAAGAAGGAACAACAUGGUCGACGGCCAACUUUACGACAAAAUGAAGCUCCGAAUUUCAUACCAGUACGACGUAAUAGCUUAUUGUUAGCAAUGGAACUUGGUGAUGCCCAUAAUAUACCGCAUUAUAAAACUUUGGAGGAUGUCAUUAAGGGUAUUAAAAAAGCUGGUUUAGAAUACUCGAAUCUAAUAUUCGGAAUCGAUUAUACGAAAUCAAAUAAGUAUCAAGGUGAAAGGACGUUUGAUGGACGAAAUUUGCAUGCUCUUAGUUCUGAUGAAAUGAAUCCUUAUCAACAGGUGAUCGAAAUUGUCGGGAAGACAUUAUCAUCAUUUGAUGCUGACGGUGUGAUACCGACCUAUGGAUUCGGUGAUGAGGAAUCAAGUAGUCACGGCAUUUUCAAUUUGAGUGAUAGGGAUGAUAUGAAUGCCGAAUGCAAUGGAUUUGAAGAAGUUCUGAGGAUAUACACUGACAAAACACCAUCUAUUCAGAUGUCCGGUCCAACAAAUUUUGUACCUCUCAUUGAACAGGCAGUAUCAAUUGUACGUGAAAAGCAUUCAUAUCACAUCUUGGUGAUUGUUGCUGAUGGGCAAGUAACGAAUGAAAAGAUCAAUCAGAAGGCUAUUGCGGCAGCAUCACGCUAUCCACUAUCAAUUAUUAUGGUUGGUGUUGGUGAUGGACCAUGGAAUAUGAUGACCAGAUUUGAUGAAACAUUACCGAAACGAAUGUUUGAUAAUUUCCAUUUUGUUGAUUUCCAUAAAGUGAUGUUCAAUGCUCCAAAUCAGGAAGCGUCAUUUGCGCUUAAUGCUCUCAUGGAAAUACCCGAUCAGUAUAAAGCAAUUAAGGAACUUGGAUUACUGAAGCAUUCACGACGCGGCUAG